AUGACUGCCACACGCUUGUUCACAACUGAGCAAUGCAUUGCGGAAAACAUCCCGCUGUCUGCUGGAUACCGUGACUUCGAAGGCUACAAGGGCAAAUUUCCAGACCCCCAAUGGACCGGCAAUGCGAAGCUUUGUGUCAACAUUGUGUUGAAUCAUGAGGAGGGGGGCGAGUACAGUGUGAUUAAUGGGGAUAUGCGAUUGGAAACGGACCUCCAAGAGAUUAUGGGCCGACACGUGCACAUCGGUCAGCGCGAUAUACAGAAGGAAACGCAGGAUGAGUAUGGUACGCGGGUUGGGCGUCUGGCGAGUGGCGCACUUCCUUGA